AACAGGAAGACGAAGAAGACAGAUUUGAACGUAAGAUUUUCGAUCAAAAUUAAUCAUGAUUGGAUUAGUGUCUGUUCAUUCAUUUCUGAUAAAGCGCAUGAUGGCAGCAGCCGAAGAAAUAUUCGACGUUGUCAAAGACAAUGUUAUUGAGUAUCAGCAGGAGAUAGAGCGCCUAAAGCAGGAGAACUGUUGUCUGAAGAACACACUGGCUAACACCAGGAACUGCAGUCGUGCAGAAACAAACAAUGAUGCUGAGAGCACCAAUUCAGAUGUAGUUCUGCAAGGUCCAUUGGAUUCAGAACUCUCAGAAAUAAGAGUGAAGAUGGAGGUUGCCAAAGUGGUGUCUCAUGAGCCAAUGAGUCAAGCUUCAACCAUCACAUCUGUCCUCUCAGAAGGUCAGGAACCCACUCAGUUCCUCUUACACCAGCCAGAGGUACUGGUGAAGAAUGAAGAAGAUGGUUUCGAUAUGCAAUCAUCAGUCGCAGUUAAAUCAGAUCUAUGGGUUCAAGCCAGUAAUUCAAACUCCUCUUUAGAACAACGGAGCUAUAUCAGUGAUGGUCACGUUGACCUUCCAAUAGCUGAACAAGACCUGCACUCUCUUGAUGAGGUGACGCAAAAAGCACUGCAAAGUCAAAAGGGCACAUUCAUUUGCCAGAUUUGCAGCAAGUCUUUUUGCAACAAUGGUCGCUUGCGAAAACAUAUGGUAGUUCACCAGAGCGAGAGACCUUUCUGCUGUAAUUCCUGUGGAAGGCGCUUUAAAUCGAAAACACAUUUGAAAGAACACGAGAGACUUCAUACAGAAAGACAAGCAGAGGUUCGGAACUCCAUUGAAGAACCACCGGACUCACAGUUCUCCCAAAUGCAAAUAAUGCUGAUGCCAGACAGCAUAAACAUGGACAGAAUCCCACAGCACUCACCGUGUGUUUCACCUACUUCUUGUGAACUGAGUGUAAACAGAACCUCAGUUAAUAGAGAAGAGGGGGCUGAUCUAAGCAUUAACUUGAUGGAACAAGUUAUAACAGAUUAUUUUAAGACAAAGGACACCUGUUCUAAUAUCUCAGCUCCAAAUAAAAGUAUUAGCGACCAGGUGAUAAUUGUACACGAUGAACCAAGCCCCCAUCCCAUUUCUGAUCGUGAACAAACAACUGAGGGGUUAUCGCACCUUAAUUUGGACCUACAAAGUCAAGACACUGAACAAUUUCCUUUCCAAUGUGAAAUAUGUGACAGGCCAUUUAAACGUCACCAGAGCCUAAAGAUCCACAUGUGUGUGCACCAACGAAUUAGAAACUACCACUGUAGGGUGUGUGGUAGGGGAUUCUAUAAGGGCUGUCAUCUCAGAGAGCAUUUGAGAAUUCACACUGGUGAAAAACCAUACGGAUGCAAAAAAUGUGGGAAAUGCUUUGUUCAAUGGAAUCAGGCAAGGGCACACAUAAUUAAAAAUCAUGGAGGAGAUAUGUCACAGUUAUCAAAGAAAAAUUCCUAAAGCUGUUAAGUUUGCUGUCAUUAUCACUUCUUUGGUUGAGUAAUUAGAAUUGUAAUUCUGGUUUUGAAUUUCAAAUAUGGAUACCAAAUUAUCCAUAUUUGACAUGUUCAAAGAAAUCAUUCUUAAACUGAGAUGUUAAUAAAACAGGUUCUUUGGAAUGUUUUGCUGGGAAUGCACUUACUGCUAUUUAGAUUUAUGCAUUAGGCAGAUGCUUUUAUCCAAAGCGACUUACAGUGCACUUAUUACAGGGACAAUCCCCCCAGAGCAACCUGGAGUUAAGUGCCUUGCUCAAGGACACAAUGGUGGAGGCUGUGGGGGCUCGAACCAACGACCUUCUGAUUAACAGUUGUGUGCAUUAGCCCACUACGCCACCGCCACUCCUUUUUACAUCUCAUGUCUGCCAGUAAAAUGUUUGUGCUUUAAUCGACCCUUUACACAGUUCCUGGAACAUGGAAAUAAACAAUAAUGGAGUGAAUCUCUGUAUGGUUGCAUGGGAGACCAGUACACCUAUUUCCUUUUUCCCCCCAUUUUCUCCACAGAAAAAUAGUUUCCACAUCUUUACAAACGAGAUGCCAAAUUAAUUGUCACUCCGUUUAUUUGAAAUCCCAUCACAGUAGUAUUGGCUAGCUUUUUUUUAAAAAACCCUUGUGUGACCUUAGGGACAUUUAUGUCUUUUUUUUUUAUUAUUAUUAUUAUUUUGGCUGUGUUAAUGCCAAUGGCAUAAAUUUUUCCAAAGGUGUGUAUUUUGGGGGGAAUUUGAAUUUUUCAACCUCAGUUCCUAUAAUAAAUCUAUAAUACACUGUGUACACAAAAUAGUUACACUCAGGACCUUAAGGGCAAAAAUGUCCCUAUUGAAACCCAAUAAAACUGCAAUAUUUGAUCCCAGUGCCAUUAAAGCUUAAAAUCAUGAAUUCUAUGAUUUUAUGCUUUUAUUCUGGAGCACUGGCUUCAAAAUUUGAAUGUUUAAUAUUUCCACUAUAUGGCACCAUUUUUCUCAUGUUUAGCCUAUGGAGCAAAUACAUGCUUUUUUCCUAUUUUCUUUUUGCUGUAUUAUAGUGCAUUGCAGGCCAAUUGAAUAAAUU